GGACGACCAAUUCAUCCGCUCCGCCGCCACGGCGCGUGCUCCAUCCCCCGAGUCCCCUCCCUCCGCCUCCGCUGUAUCGUGAGAGAAUAUCCCACAUCGCCCAAGCCGAUCGCGCCGUGCAGGCGCGGGGGUUUAGGCUAGGGUUAGGGUUCGGGGUUUGCGGAGAUGGACGCCUCCGAUUCGGGCGCGGCGGAUGCCGGCGAGCCCGUCUGGGACUGGGGCAACCUCCUCGACUUCGUCGUCCAGGACGACGACUCCCUGGUCCUCCCUUGGGACGACGCCGCCGGGAUCGGAGUAGCCGACCCCACCGAGGCAGCUGCGACGCUGCUACCGACCCCGCCGCCGCAGCCUGUAGAGGUGGAGCCGGGGCCGGCGCUGCCGCCGCCGCCGCCCCUUCGGGUUCAGGGGAUCGGGCGCCGCGUGAGGAAGCGCGACCCGCGGCUGGUGUGCCCGAACUACCUGGCGGGGAGGGUGCCGUGCGCGUGCCCCGAGGUGGACGAGAUGGCGGCCGCCGCGGAGGUGGAGGACGUGGCCACGGAGUUGCUAGCAGGCGCAAGGAAGAAGUCGAGGGCUGGCAACCGCGGCGCCGUAGCGGGACCCGGUGGUGCUGGCGUACGAGGGGGAGGUGCAGGAGGAGCCAGCCGUGCGGCCGCAGCAGAGAUGAGGUGCCAAGUGCCUGGGUGUGAGGCGGACAUACGGGAGCUGAAGGGGUACCACCGCCGGCACCGGGUGUGUCUGCGUUGCGCGCACGCUGCUGCGGUCAUGCUCGAUGGCGUCCAGAAGCGCUACUGCCAGCAGUGCGGCAAGUUCCAUAUAUUGCUAGAUUUUGAUGAGGAUAAAAGGAGUUGUAGAAGAAAGUUGGAGCGGCACAACAGAAGAAGACGAAGGAAACCUGUUUCCAAAGGAACAUUGGAGAAGGAGAUAGAUGAACAAUUAGAGCUGUCAGCAGAUAUUAGCGGCGAUGGUGAAUUUAGGGAAGAGAACAUGGAAGGAACAACUAGUGAGAUGCUUGAGACUGUUCUCAGUAACAAGGUUUUGGACAGAGAAACACCUGUAGGAUCUGAAGAUAUCCUUAGUUCACCAACCUGUACACUACCCAAUUUGCACACUGACCAAAGUAAAAGUGUAGUGACUUUCGCAGCUUCUGUUGAAGCCUGCAUUGGUGCAAAGCAGGAAAAUGCGAAACUUGCCAAUUCUCCGAUUCAUGACACCAAGAGUGCUUAUUCAUCUUCGUGUCCAACAGGACGCAUUUCAUUCAAGUUGCAUGACUGGAACCCUGCAGAAUUUCCUCGACGCCUACGACACCAAAUAUUUGAGUGGCUGGCUAGUAUGCCUGUUGAACUGGAGGGCUACAUUCGCCCAGGUUGUACUAUUUUAACUGUAUUUAUUGCAAUGCCACAACAUAUGUGGGACAAGUUAUCAGAUGACACAGUAAAUCUUAUCAGAAACUUUGUGAAUUCUCCUAACAGUCUUCUGUUGGGUAAAGGGGCCUUCUUCAUUCAUGUCAAUAACAUGAAAUUUCAAGUAUUGAAAGAUGGAGCAACAUUGAUGAGUACCAGAUUAGAGGCACAAGCCCCAAGGAUCCAUUAUGUUCAUCCAACAUGGUUUGAAGCAGGGAAGCCUGUUGAACUCCUCCUUUGUGGAAGUUCUCUUGACCAACCUAAAUUGAGGUCAUUUCUGUCAUUUGAUGGGGACUAUUUGAAGCAUGAUUGUUGCCGUUUAACAUCUCAUGAUACCUUUGGUUGUGUUGAAAAUGGUGGCCUUAUACUUGAUUCUCAACAUGAAAUUUUCCGGAUAAACGUCACUCAAUCAAGACUGGAUUCUCAUGGACCUGCAUUUGUGGAAGUAGAAAACAUGUUUGGACUAUCCAACUUUGUUCCUAUUCUUUUCGGUAGCAAGCAGCUAUGUUCUGAACUAGAGAGGAUACAGGAUGCUCUUUGUGGAUGGUCUUAUAAGAACGACUGUGUAUUUGGAGCGUUCCCUGGUGCUUCUUCUGACCCUUGUGAGCGUCGGAAACUUCAAAAUGCUGCUAUGUCUGGAUUCCUGACAGACAUUGGAUGGCUUAUAAGAAAGCCUACUCCUGAAGAAUUUAAAAAUGUACUGAGUUUAACAAAUAUGCAGAGAUGGAUAUGCAUGUUGAAGUUCUUGAUCCAGAACGAUUUUAUCAAUGUUUUGGAAAUAAUUGUGAAGUCAGUGGACAACAUCAUAGGCUCUGAAAUUCUUUCUAACUUGGAAAGGGGGAGAUUGGAAGAUCAUGUUACUGAAUUUUUUGGAUAUGUAAGCCAUGUUCGAAACAUUGUUGAUCAUAGAGCUAAGCAUGACGAGAAAACACAGCUUGAAACAAGAUGGAUUAGUGAUAAUUUUCCAAAUCAGCCAAGCUUGGACACUUCUGUGCCACUUGCUAAAGAAAAUACUGCUCCUGGUGGCUAUCAGGAUUUGCACUCGACUAAUGCAGCUUGUGAUGAGAAAGUAACUGCGCCACUUGUGACUAAAGAUGCCUCACGCAGGCAAUGCUGCCAACCUGAUAUGAACACUAGGUGGCUUAAACCCUCGCUGGUUAUUACUUUUCCACGGAGUGCCACGAGAAUGCAACUUCUAACAACUGUGGUAGUUGCUGCUGUGUUGUGUUUCACCGCUUGUGUUGUCCUUUUCCACCCGCACAGAGUAGGUGUUCUUGCAGCUCCAGUAAAGAGGUUAGAUUAGAUAUUUUUCUUGUCGCCCCUGUAUCAUAUAUGGAUUGUUAAGUUGAGGCAUAGCUUGUUCAUCUGAUAAAAUAUUUGGAAGAAAGCCAACAUGCCGGUUCCUUUCCCAUCUGUGCAAACUUGCAUCGUUUUGUCAGACUGUAAGUACAGAUGCCGGAAGUCCUGACCUGCUACUGUCUGGGUAUGUAAACUGUUAAGAUAGUGCGUCCGUGCUUAGAAAAUACCUGCCUUGUUGCUGCAAAGACUGGAUCUCAAUUUUUUGCAUGCAGUUGUGCUAUUCAGUGUGGCGCCAGUGGUGUCAUUGGACAUUUUGGAAGAGGACUAACUGAAUAUCGCUUAAUAACAUAUGGGAUGGUUCUGUUUCGUUUCACGAGAA